AUGGCACACGCAGCAGAUAAAAUCAGCUUGGAAAGCAUCACGAAGUGGUCGCAAGAGUAUAAGAAUGACCAAGUUGGCCGUUUGGCAGGGUCAGUUUUCCAGCAUGGAAACAUGAAUGAACUCUUGAUCAACAGGGCAAGGGAGGUGGCCGAUUCGCAUGUUUUCAACAACAAGAUUGACCCAGAAGGUGCCCCAGUGACAGACCAGAAGCGUUCGGGAAGAUGUUGGUUGUUCGCAUCAACAAAUCUACUUAGACUAAAUGUGAUCCACAAAUACAACAUGAAGGAGUGCCGUUUGAGCCCUGCAUACUUGUUCUUCUACGACAAACUCGAGAAGGCAAACUACUUCCUCGAGCAGAUCAUCGACACGUACAAGAUGGACAUCAACUCGAGACUAGUGCAGUACUUCUUGUCGGAUCCGAUUGGCGACGGUGGCCAAUUCACCAUGAUGACUCACAUCGUCGACAAAUACGGCCUGGUUCCGUACGAUGUGUACCCAGACGCCUUCAAUGCGACAAAGUCGAUGAUUAUGGACAAGUUCAUCACGUCGAAGUUGCGGUCCUACGCCAAAACUUUGCGUGACAAGCUCAGCAGCGGCGCGUCGAUCGACGCAGACAAGCUUGAGAUGCAGCAUGACAUCUACCGGUUGAUGUGCAUCUUCUUGGGCGAGCCUCCAAAGCCCGACGAGCAGUUCACCUGGGAUUUCUACGAUAAGGACAAGAAGUUCCACAGUGUGAAAGCCACGCCAAAGAGCUUUGUGUCAGAAAACGUCGAUUUUAAGACCUCCGAGUACGUUUCCUUGUUGAACGAUCCAAGAAAUCCUUACAAACGCGUCAUUCAGAUCGACAGACUAGGCAACGUGUUCGGUGCCAGCCCUGUUUCCUACUUGAAUAUGGACACCAGUGUGCUUUCGCAGGCUGUGGUGAACAGAAUCAAGAAAAACAAGCCUGUUUUCUUCGGUACCGACACGCCAAAGUUCAUGGAUACCAAGCGCGGAAUCAUGGACAUCGACUUGUGGGAUUACAAGCUCAUUGGCUAUGAUCAGAGGUCGCUCGACAAGGCUUCACGUGUUCUCUAUGGUGAUUCUCUCAUGACUCACGCCAUGUUGAUCACAGGAGUGCACUUGGAUGAAGAUGGAAAGCCUGUGCGUUACCGGGUGGAGAACAGCUGGUCCGAUAAGUCCGGCCACGAGGGUUACUACACCAUGACCCAGGAUUACUUCAACCAGUACGUUUACCAGGUUGUUGUGGAGAAGGACGAUAUUCCUGAGCUUGUUCCUCUUCUUGAGGACAAACAGGUCAUUCACUUGCCUCCUUAUGACCCAAUGGGUGCCUUGGCUUGA